AUGGAGCCCAAAGUUGGAGUUGGUGUCUUUGCCUUGAACUCUGAGGGCCAAUUCAUCCUCGGAGAACGAAAGGGAAGUCACGGUGCCGGCACAUGGGCUUUACCGGGCGGACAUCUUGAAUUCGGCGAGUCCUUCGAGACCUGCGCGGCACGCGAGCUCCUCGAGGAAACGGGUCUGCAGAUCCGCAACCUGCAAUUCCUGACCGCAGUCAACAGCGUCUUCGAAAAGGAAAAAAAGCAUUAUAUUACCAUUUUCAUGGCUGGAAUUGUCGACGCUGGAGCUCAGCCUCAGAAUCUCGAACCUGAGAAGUGCUCUGGGUGGGAAUGGAUCUCGUGGGACGAGCUCAAGGCUGAUAAUGAAGCCCAUAUGAGUUCUUCUGGCGGGCGCAACUUAUUCUUGCCUUUGGUGGAGCUGUUCCGCCAACGACCUACGUUCAAGGACCAGUUGAGCUACGUAUCUGACUGGCAUGGCGAUGUUAUCAACUUAUAG